AUUAAAAAGAUAUUUUCUUCCGAUAAUGAGAAAAAUUAACUUGAUCAACAAAUGAUAAACAUUGGUUUUUUGAAACUGUAUAAAAUAAUUUGACGGCGACGUAUAUAAUAAAAAUAUUUUGUUUUGAGGAGCCACCGCCCACCGCCGCUUCCAGUUCUCCACAACUCCUAUUUCGUUAAAAACCGAUCUCGUUUCUCAAUCGGCUCUUUGCUUCUGCCUCCUUUCCCUGCUCGCAUUUCCUCCCGAUUCCUGUACCUGAGCGCCGCCGCUGCCUAAUCGGAAAAACCGAUCGAAACCCGCCAUGGAGGUUCAGGCAGUGAUGACCCCGACGGCUCCGCAUCUAAACGGCUUGAAGGGCGAGUUCGAUCCCGUCGCCAUCGUGCGAGCGGAGCCGCUCCCUCCCGUCGUCGCUGCGGAGAACGGCGGCGGCGUGGGAACCGGCGGGGCGAAGCAGAAGGAGAUCGUGCUGGGGAGAAACGUGCACACGGCGUGCCUGGAGGUCACGGAGCCCGACGCUAACGACGAUUUCACCGGAGACAAAGACGCCUACAUGGCCGGCGUCCUUGCUCGCUACAGAAACAACUUGCUCGAGCGGACUAAGCAUCAUCUGGGUUAUCCUUAUAAUUUGGACUUUGAUUAUGGUGCUCUGUCGCAAUUGCAACAUUUCUCCAUCAACAAUCUUGGGGAUCCAUUUAUCGAGAGCAACUACGGUGUUCAUUCACGACAGUUUGAAGUUGGCGUCUUGGACUGGUUUGCUCGGUUAUGGGAGAUAGAGAGAGAUGAGUACUGGGGUUACAUAACAAAUUGUGGCACGGAGGGCAAUCUUCACGGAAUUCUAAUGGGGAGGGAAGUAUUUCCUGAUGGCAUUUUGUAUGCCUCCCGUGAAUCACACUAUUCUGUGUUCAAGGCAGCCCGUAUGUACCGAAUGGAAUGUGUCAAGGUAGACUGUUUGACAUCCGGUGAAAUUGAUUGUUUGGAUUUGAAAAAACAACUGCUUGCCAACAAAGACAAGCCAGCCAUCCUUAAUGUCAACAUAGGAACAACUGUAAAAGGAGCAGUUGACGACCUCGACCUUGUAAUAAAGACCCUUGAAGACAAUGGGUUUCCACAAGAUCGGUUCUACAUUCAUUGCGAUGGAGCUUUGUUUGGACUCAUGAUGCCUUUUGUGAAACGAGCACCCAAGGUCAGCUUCAAGAAACCGAUUGGCAGUGUCAGCGUCUCGGGACACAAAUUCGUCGGGUGCCCAAUGCCAUGCGGCGUCCAGCUCACAAGGAUGUCCCACAUCAAGGUCCUCUCCAGCAACGUCGAGUACCUUGCAUCACGAGACGCCACAAUCAUGGGGAGCCGGAAUGGCCACGCACCAAUCUUCCUGUGGUACACCCUGAACAAGAAGGGCUACAAGGGGUUCCAGAAGGAGGUCCAGAAGUGCCUCCGCAACGCCCACUACUUGAAGGACAAGCUGCGCGACGCAGGGAUCAGCGCCAUGCUGAACGAGCUCAGCAGCACGGUCGUGUUCGAACGACCCCACGACGAGGAGUUUGUUCGCAGGUGGCAGCUCGCGUGCCAGGGGAACAUUGCUCACGUGGUGGUGAUGCCGAACGUGACCAUCGAGAAGCUGGACGGGUUUCUGGAGGAGCUGGUGGAGAAGAGGAAGGUGUGGUACACAGGUAGUGGCGUCGGGGAGGGAGUGGUGGUGUCGCCGCCUUGUGUUGCGGUGGAUAUUGGGAGUGAGAACUGUGAUUGUGGGUUGCACAAGUGAGAGUUGAAAGAGAGAGGGGAUUGGAUGUUUUGGUUUAGGGAAAGAACUUGUGUGUUUGUCUCUUGGUUUCAUUAGGGUAACACUUGUAUUUGUUCGCCUAGAAUAAUUAUUCUUUCCUAGUUACUUAUAAGGGUUUCCCAUUCGAAGGAAGUUUUCAACUGGCAAUCCAUUGUUCACUGAUGGUUGAGUUAUUUGGAAGAUCUAGUGUAUAGUGGCGUAU